AUGACGUCACAUCCUUCGAUUCAUGUGGAAAAGUGGGAUGCGGCUAAAGAUGGCGUCUUGUCGGAAGAAAGCAUGCGCAAAAAGUUGCGUGCGCAAGGAUAUAACUGCAUCCGGUAUGAGUUUUCACCAGGGACGGUGUUUCCCGAUCACACCCAUAAUAUUUCCAAGAAAGACUCGAUUUUAACAGGAAGAUUCAAGUUUGCAAUGUACGGCCAAGAGGUUGUGUUAGAGCCUGGCGAUAUGGUGGAAGUUCCUGCCAAAACUGUCCACAACGCCGCCGUGGUUGGCUCCAAAUCCGUUGUAUUCUUUGAUGCAACAAAAUGA